UAGAAAAAAAAAUAACGCCAAAAACUAUGGGUGCUGUUAACGUAAACCCAUCUAAUGUUAUUUUUUACAUAUCAGUUCACCAUAUAAUUAAUAUAAUCUUAUACUUUGAUACUGAUGACCAUUUUUUUUCUUAUUUAUUGUACGACAUGUUGAGCAUACUUGUUUAUAACUAUAUAUUUGUUCUUGUAAUUUACGAAACGAAUUGUCAAGAUUUCUCUUCGCUAGUUGAUGUCGAAUCUUUGAGUGAAUUGCCAUUGGAUUCUUUGUUAAGUUUAAAGAAAAAUUUGAGAGUUUUUGAAGAUAAUGAUAAACCAAAAAACAGUAGCAAUGAUCGAACAGAUUCAGCACUAGAAGGGGUUCCUGAGCCUUUAGCCCUUCACUACUCUCCAAAUACUCGUAGAACAGGACUAUACCAUUCAUACGACUACGAAGAUGGCAAGAAAGACUACCACAAAAAAGACAUAUCGACGAUAUUUCAAUUCUCUGUAACCACAUUAGCCUUUUUAGCAUUUGGCGGUUAUUUGCUCUAUUUGGUAGUCAUGGCAAUCAAAGCCAAAAACUACAACUAUCCUUAUGACCCCAAUACAACUCAAAUAAUGUCGGCUAUGAUUAACGCGCAGCUUCACAAGAAGAAAAAGAAGAAAAAACGUCCUAUAAGGGUGAAUAGUAAUAUAGGAAGUUUUGGUUAUAGACAACCCUUUGAUAGUAUCAGUAGAAGCAGAAGAAAUGCGGAAUACGAUACAGAAGAUUUGUAUUAUACUUUGUUGAAUUUGUGUAAGGGAUACAGCAUGUUUUUCUCGAAAGAUCAGUCAAAUACAACAAUUUAUUAA